ACGAUAGACAGACAUCGACGUCCAUCCAGAGCUGUAAGAGGAGAAGGAGAGGACAGGAGAGAAAGAGAGGACAACAUGGAUGUCCGCGUGCAAGACUACCUGGACGACAAGCUGCAGAGUGCCGCCGACUUGGACUCGUUGGACUCUCUGCUCGCCGCUGUCCACGAGCAGCAGCAGCUCUUGAAGCAGCAGCUCGACGACGCCCGAAAGUCCCACGACCACGCGACCAAAGACUAUCGAGCGCACCAGCAAUCGCUCAACGACCAUGCAUCGGCCUUUCAACAUGAGCAAAGCGAUAUCGAUGGGAGGCUUCGCAUCAUCACCCAGUCCGAGACCAGCGAUGAGGCCGCAGAAAAGUUCAAGGCGAGCAUGGACAAGCUGCGGAAGCUGGACGUGGCCGCGGGAUUUGUGGAGCUUCUGAGAGAUGUCGAUGCGCUCAAGGCAGAGUGUCUGACGCAGCUGGGCAAAGACGACGAUGCUGCAUUGCGACCAUAUCAGCGACUGCAGCAGUUGGUGUCGAGUCUUCAGCCUCUACAUGAAGCCGCGGAGCAGGCAGCGCCAUUUCUGCUGGACCACAUCGAAGCCAGUGUCGAGGACCUGCGCAACACUAUUCGAAAGGCGUUUGCGGAGAACCUGGAAACCACAUUGAAGAAGCUGAACUGGCCAAAGGCGACCGGACGGAUCCCUCUGGCGUUGGAGGACGAGUGGCAGACGAAUGUCGGCAGAUUGCUCGACUUGCAGAAGCAAGAACUCGAGCUUCGUGAACAAGGGACAGACCAGCGCCGCGCGAGUGACCCGCCAGCUUUGUUACCGUUCGAGGUGCUCGUGGUACCACUGGAACAGCGGUUUGGAUAUCACUUCUCCGGCAACAAGCCCACGAAUCGACUGGACAAGCCCGAAUACUUCCUAAACCACAUCACAGACCUCAUCGCCAACUACUCCGACUUCAUGCAGGACAACCUCCAGCCAGUCCUCCUUAAGCACUUUGGCCGGUCAGACUUGGCUUUUACGCCAGCCUACAUUGAUGCAAUCACCGCAUUCAUCACCGCUCUCUUACCUAUGGUGCAGGACAAGCUUCGAAGUGUGGCACAACAGCUCACAUCACAGCCCAGUUUCUUCAGUCAUUUGGUGCAAGAAGUCAUUCGCUUCGACAACAUUGUCAAAGACUCGUACUCGUAUACGCCAAGCUCGCCAUCGGUACUGUGGAGUGGUCUCUCCUACUUUGUCUUGGAUUCAUGUGGCCAUUUCAAACAGUGGCUCGCCUUUGAACGCGACUUUGCGCUCGCACGUUAUCAGUCCAUCAUCGACGCGCCUGGAGCAGGUGAGCUGGAUUACAAUGCAGUACAUGCAGGCGUCACCAAGCCGAGUAAAGCCGCCGUGCAUUUAAACGACCUCUUGGAGACCAUCACGGAGCGCUAUCGCCAUCUUUCCAGCUACCACCAGCGCAUGGACUUUCUCAUGGAGAUCCAGAUCCACAUCUUCGACACUUUUUAUCGCCGCUUGCAGUCCGCUCUCGACUCAUACACGAGUAUGACUUCGACGUUGGGCCGCACUAUGGCGAGCGCAACAAAGGAACAGCUUGCCGACGUUCAAGGUGUCAAGGGACUGGACAGGUUAUGCAGAAUCUUUGGGUCGGCGGAUUAUCUGGAACGCGCGAUGCGAGACUGGAGUGACGACGUCUUCUUCCUCGAGCUGUGGGAUGAGAUGCACAACCGGGCCCAGGCUGUUGAUAUCGGUAGCGAGCAAAGCGGACGGAUGUCGGAAAUCCAACAGAAAACCAGCUCAGCAUUGGGUGCAGAGAGCGAAGGUGGUCUGGAGGGUGCCUUGUUUGACGAGACUGCGGCCAGCUAUCUGAGGCUCCGUGCCAGAAGUGAGAACAUUCUUCUCGAGACUCUGAAAUACGACGUUCAGCAGGCACUCCGACCGUAUAGUGCCAUCACUACUUGGGCAUCGCUUUCUAGCUCUACCGGCUCAGCAACUUCGGCCGAGCUUGACCCAGCCAUCAAUAUUCUCGCCGAUUACUUCGCCUUUCUCAGUAAAGCGCUAGGACGAGCGCCACUCCGAAGGAUCGGACGACACGUGUGUCAUACGAUUGACAGCUACGUCUGGGGAAACAUCAUUCAAGGCCGACACUCAUUCUCUACAGCAGGGGCAAAUCAACUGACGACUGAUAUGGGUGCGGUAUGCAAUACCAUAGACCGCUACAUUGGUGCAGGGCAAGCUCGAAUCGGUAUGCGCAGAGUGCUGGAGGGCAUCACACUGUUGAGCCUACCCGUACGUGGUGAAAUCCAACGUGUUCAGCCCAGUGCGGACGACGACGAAGAUGCUGCUUGGGGCGACAGUGCAACCACUGACGCGCAGAGUGAUGCGUCUGGACUGGGCGGGCACCCUGUCAGUCUAUUUCAAGCGGAACGCUUGGUGUUUUUGAAUAAUGAGAGUGCGAGGCAUGCGCUAGAACAGCUUGGGCUGGAUAUGCUCAGUGAGCAAGAUGCAAGAAGUAUUUUGAGGCAGAGAGUAGAGAUAUCCAGCUAGGUAGCUACAGGUAUCUGACAAUCUACUGCUAUCAGCACUGGCCACUCACGAAGAGGUACAUGUACUACCUCCUAGGAGGUACAUGUAGCUUUAGGUAGGUUGCUCCACCGAUCCAGCUGGAGUGCCGAGCCAUUUCAACACUGUUGACAACAUUCUUCCGACAACAUGCUUCUAACAACUUCUGACGACAUGCUCUGAUCAAUACACUUGGAAAAUGGCAUCUGUCAGACUCGUAUACACUUCAUCCAUGUAUAAUACCCUUGUAUAUGUGCUACCAAUCACAUAAAAGAGGCCUCGAGACGGUAACUUCGUUGGCGUCAUGACCACUCUCUCUACUUUACUUUUUGCCUAAUCUUGCAACUUCACUUCCACAUGGAACACAUUGUUGCACGACUCAAAGA